UUGGUGGCUUCUGCCAAGUUCUACCUGUAACUGACUUCCUCUCUCAAGUCAGAUGUUUGGCUGUUCCAUCCCCUGCAACAGGAGUCAUGCCAGUUGGACACACUCUCCUUCCUGAGCCUCUGGUAGCCAGCACGGAGCCCUGAACAUAGAUAUUGAGACCCUGAGCCUGAGGGUUUGUGGCUGUGUUUCAACUGUGUCACUCAAGGUGGGCCUACCCCAAAAAUGAUCUCAUUCCUCCUGGCCUUCCUACUCCUGGCAGUGACCACAGUGGCCACUCCCAGAGCUGACAGUCAAUGUCUGGCAUGUGGGAAGCAUGCCUUGGACGUGGAGAGCCAGCGGAAGCUGCUUCUCCACCUGGCCAAGAGAAGCAUCUUGGACAAGCUGCACCUCAGCCAGCGCCCAACGCUGAGCCGGCCAGUGUCCAGAGCUGCUCUGAGGACAGUGCUGCAGCGCCUCCCUGGGCCCCCACAGGGGGUGCUUCCGGAGGCUCACAGGGGACAGGAAUAUGAGAUCAUCAGCUUUGCUGAGACAGGCCUCUCCAAUAUCAACCAUACUCGUCUUGAUUUCCACUUCUCUGAUAGAGGUGCUGGUAGUGUGGAGAUCCUGCAGGCUAGCCUCGUGUUCUUUGUGCAGCUUCCACCCAAUACCACCUGGACUUUGAAGGUGAGGGUCUUUGUGCUAGGCCCACGUGAUGCCAACCUCACCUUGGCCACUCAGCAUCUGCUGGAGGUAGAUGCCAGUGGCUGGCACCAGCUCCUCCUGGGACCUGAAGCUCAGGCUGCCUGCAGCCAAGGACACCUGACCCUGGAACUUGUACUUGAAGGCCAGGUAGCCCAGAGCUCAGUUGUCCUGGGUGGGGCUGCCCGUAGACCUUUUGUGACAGCCCGGGUGAGAGUUGGGGGCAAACACCGGGUUCGACGACAUGGCAUCGAUUGCCAGGGUGGGUCCAGGAUGUGCUGUCGACAAGAGUUCUUUGUGGACUUCCGUGAGAUUGGCUGGCAUGACUGGAUCAUUCAGCCUGAGGGCUAUACAAUGAACUUCUGCACAGGGCAGUGCCCAGUGCAUGUGGCAGGCAUGCCUGGCAUUGCUGCCUCCUUUCACACAGCAGUGCUCAAUCUUCUCAAGGCCAACACAGCUACAGGCACCACUGGAGGGGGCUCAUGCUGCGUGCCCACAGCCUGGCGCCCUCUGUCUCUGCUCUACUAUGAUAGGGACAGCAACAUCAUCAAGACUGAUAUACCUGACAUGGUGGUAGAGGCCUGUGGGUGCAGUUAGUCCAUGGGCAGCCCAAGGUGGGGUAGACAAAUAUACCCCACAGAGGUGCCCUUCCUCAAGAAGAGGGACAGAUUCCAUUACUGCCUCUGUCCAGAAAGUGCACUACCUCUUCUUGGGCAACCUAUGGAAAUUAUCCCAACUGUUACUUGAAGAGAUCUUCAUCUACAGAGAGUCACCGUACCAUCUUCACAACCACCAGUCUCUCUCCUAGAACAUGGUCUGUCCAGCAAGCCCCACGUGCUCAACCACCAUCCCAGAGACUCUGAUCAACCUCCAACCAUGAGCAAUGCAAUCUUGUUCCAAGGCAGACUUCCCUAGCCCACUCUUAAUCCACCCCAAAAUGCACUGUGCCUCCCUGCCCUGUCCACUCAAUGGCCUCCACUCUGGAUAAGUUGACCCAGCCUCUUCUCUUGAUUUUCUGGAUCUCCAGAGAGACCCCCCGCUUGGUUUCACUAAAGAUUAGAUCACUACUCUCUAAAAUGAGACUCAUUCCUCUCUGUGUCUUGAGCCCCUUUACUUCUUGCUUGCCCAGUUGUGCUGCUAAGGCUCUCUUAGCAUACCCACAUCCAUUCUUUGUCCUUCUCUUCCCUGUUCUAUGCCCUUGUAGGCUAAUUCACUUGAGUUCCUUUGGGCCCUGCUUCCUGCUGAGUUUGACUAAGGGGAGACACAGGCAAGAAUUCAGGGUCUUUGUUAUCCCUGCUCCCUCAGCCUAAGUGCCAGGGUUCUGUGUGACUGGCUAUGACCACAUCCCUACAGUUCCUGUCUGGCUCCCUUCUUCCACAGCUCUAGCUCUGCUCGGAUUCUGAUGUCACUGCUUCCACACUAGAGGCUUAUAAUGGCUCUCCACUCUUGCCAGUCCCUAGAUAUUUCGGCAUCCCUUCACCCUGCCCAUACCUCUGUAAAGAAGUCCUUCAUUAAGUCUUCUCAGUGGUGCAAACACAGAUAGCUGAGUGGGUCUUCUGUCCCCUACCAGGACCCUGACUGACAUGCCAGAGGACACACAGCCUGCCCUCCCUGCCAUUUCUGCUCUCUCCUCACACAAGUUCCCUGGGGCUGAGCUACUGUGUCUAUCCCAUACUUCAUGCUGCUUCCUUCCCCAGGCUGUCUGCCCUUCUUUAUUAGGCCCCCUCCAUCCUCUCAGAAUCAUCUUUGCUGGUCUCAAGGCUAAUAAAGACCUGAGUUUUACCU